UCAAAUAUUGGCACAAUAACAUAACAUUGCAUCGGUCAUUCGUAGUUUUUAGUUUUAUUAAUAUUUGUUAUUAAUUGUAAAUAAAAAUGAGAAAGGAUCCGGUUGUAAAUCGUGGCAUAAUGGGCUUCUUCCAGACAACAGCCGGACGCAAUAUUGCCUUUUUUGCCACAGGCGCCACUACCUUGGGCCUUUUUGUAGUGAAUUAUUUGCCGCAUACAAUGUGCUUGAAAUACUACAAAGACUUUGUUCAAUGCUAUCAAAACGGCAUACCACGCCCCGUGCCCGACAAGGUGAAAGCGCGUUUGGACAAAGCAUUAGAUAUACUACAAUUACAAGAAUAUCAACGAAAGAUUAUUAAACCGUUUACAGUUUUCGGUUUUGAUCUCUUCUUGGCAGGUUCAACAAAGUACCGAUUUGGUGCCGCUCUGGGAAUCCCUGUGAAUUAUUCCUACUCCGAAAAAGAGGAAGUAAAUCGACAUGAUAUCCGCUUCCGCGAUCAAACUAUUCAAUGGAACACAGAAGCUGGAAACUUACUACUGGAUGCAAUUGUGUUAUCAGAAGACGAGCAAUUGUUUGGAUUGUGCAAAUCAAUUCUACAACUACAAACACACCGAGUUUUAUUGAACUCGGUAUUUCCAAGUGUCUCCUUUUUGACAGUUUAUACAAUUGGCCAUUACCUAAAUGCGCGAAUGAACCUUUUCGCGAGACCUUUCAGCUUGCGCCUUGUUAUGUAUUCGAUAUUGGGAUUGUUUGGUUUUGGUACAUGGUCUUUUAUGAAAGACUUUAACCAAGUACGCUACGAUACAGAAAUCGAUAAACAGUUGUGCAGUUUGGGCCCGAAAUUUGUCGAAGCAGGAGCGAGUUACUAUGACAAGCUUUUAAAGAAAAACAUGGCGCUCCGCGAAUUAAUCGGGGAUGACACCUAUACAGCUAAAGGCAAUGAAAACUAUUUCAUCCGUCAAAAGUCUCUACCUCUGACAAUACAUAAAUCUUAUUUUGAGGAAAAACUGCGCGAACUACGACAAAGCUCAGAAGGAUCGGCGGAGAUACCAAAUUAAAAUAAGACUUACAAGGAUAUGCAAAUGUUAUUAGUUUUCCCUAUAAAUUUAUUGUCGAGUUUUACCUAUGAUUUCUUUAUUUAAAUUUUAAAAUUAAAAUGUCGUUUAAAUAAGGUAUACUUUGGUUUUAGGCCCUUCCCAAUGGAAUAAUAAAACUCAUAUAAUCUGCCAUUGCACCCCAUUCUGCA